UCAUUAAGACUUAUGACGAACAGUUGGGGAAUUCAUGUCAACUAUAAGGCGUUAUUUCUCAGGUAAAAUUGAAAUCAAAAUAACAAAGCGAGAUAAUAUUAUUAUUUUCAAUAGAGGUAAAGUAAAAAGGUUACUUUUAAAGUUGAAAUUGCAGUGAUGAAUUCCAAGAGUUCACUCAGAAAGUCAAACAAUCAGCUGCAGAAAGAAAUGUUUUCUGAAACACGGCACGUCCUUGUAGAACUUCGGGAAUCAGGACAACUUUGUGAUGGUGUAAUAAAAGUAAUCGGAGAAUCAAUAUAUAUCCAUCGCGCCAUAUUAUCGGCUUGUAGUCCUUACUUCCGGGCACUUUUUACCAAUGAAAAUUUCGACACCAAUCGCAAGGAAGUCACUAUUACAGACAUUUCUUCCGAAAAUAUGCGCCAUAUAAUUGAGUAUGCUUACACCCAAACAUGCCAAAUAACAAGUGAAAAUGUCAAAGAUAUAUUGGUUGCUGCUGAUUUUUUUCAAAUCUCUGGAUUACAAAAGACGUGUUCUGAAUUCAUUCUUUCUGAACUUUCUCCAUAUAAUUGCAUUAGUAUUAAGAAGUUUUCUCAAAAGUAUUUCUGUUCUAAACUCAUUAAUGCCGCACACAAAUUCAUUUUACAAAAUUUUGCUGAAGUUUACAAGGUAUCCGAAGACUUUCUAGAAUUAAAUCUAGAAGAUGUUUGUGAAAUCAUUAAAGCAGAUGAAUUAAAUCUGAAAUCGGAAGAGAUUGCAUUUGAAGCCAUUAUUCGAUGGAUUAAUCAUAAUCCGGACGAAAGAAAAUCUCAUAUCAUUAAGUUGAUGCGAUAUGUUCGUUUUGGUUUGUUAUCGACGCAGUAUUUUCUUCUGACUGUAAAGAAUCAUGAAUACUUACGAGUUGAUGAAGAAUGCAAGAAUUUUGUGUUAGAAACCUUAAAUUUACUCUUUGAUCUUGACAUGGGACGGGUACACAAUGAACAAGACAACCUUAUGUCAAGGCCCCGUAUGCCACAUGAGAUUCUCUUCGCUAUCAGUGGUUGGAGUGGCAGCAGUCCUACAAAUACUGUUGAAGUUUACAAUCCACGAGCAGAUCGCUGGAUUAGAAGUAGAAGUGUAAAAUCUGAUUAUCGUGCUUAUCAUGGAACAUGCAUACUCGACGGUCUUAUCUAUAUUAUUGGUGGUUUUGAUGGAAUCGACUACUUCAACAGUGUUCGCUGCUUUGACCCUGUCUUACAAAUUUGGUCAGAGAUAGCACCAAUGUACUACAAGAGAUGUUAUGUCAGUGUUGCUGUACUUGGUCGACAUAUUUACGCAAUGGGUGGUUCCGACGGGAACUUACGUCAAAAGAGUGUGGAACGCUACAAUAAGUUUAAAAACCAAUGGAGUCUUAUAGAACCAAUGAAUCGACAUCGAAGUGAUGCCAGCGCUGCAACAUUAAAAGACAAUAUCUACAUAUGUGGUGGAUUUGAUGGUCAAGAAAUUCUUCGAUCAGCUGAAUAUUACAAUCCUAACUUAAACCAAUGGACUAUGGUGGCGCCAAUGGAAAGUAUUCGAAGUGGUUUCUGUGUCGUUGCUUAUCGAGAUUCCAUAUAUGCGCUGGGUGGCUUUGAUGGUAACAAUCGAAUGUCGACUGUGGAGCGUUAUAUUCCUUCCAAUGAUGUUUGGCGACCUGCACCAAGUUUGGGUGUUGCGAGGAGCAAUUUUGCAGCAGAGGUUCUAGAAGAUAUGAUAUUUGUGAUUGGUGGUUUCGAUGGUAUAACAACCAUUUCAAGUGUUGAAUGUUUUGAUGCUGUCACACAACAAUGGUAUGAUACUUGUGAAUUAAACCUCCACAGAAGUGCUCUAAAUACUUGUGUUGUCAAAGGCUUACCAAAUGUAAAGAAAUAUAUUACUCGAAAACACAAAUAAUCAGCAAUUUCGAAAUUUUUUCAAAAUAUUUUUCAUACAGAAAACUUUUUACUCUGAAGAAUCCAGAUCUUUUCUAGCUUCAGCUAAGCCAUAAAUGCUCAAAUGUUUACAUUAUAACUCUGUCAACUAAGAUUAUUAUCUUAGGUCCCCUGUUCAGUUAAAUUGAUUCAAUUUUUAGUCGAGUUUAUAACGUAUCCAUAACAUUGAACUGUUAGUGUUUAAAGGGCUCUGACAGAUGAAUUAUUAAUGUCUAUAAUAAAGUAAAAAAAGAAGUU